ACUUGUGCAUUCUGCAUUUAGUCUUGCAGAAUAAAUAAUCUUCUAGUCAUCAUCUCAUAUCUCACUUGGCUCCUUUAUGUAUAUCUACAUAUAUUAUGUAUAGUUUAUCUUUUAUACAUGAGAUCAAGUUUAUCUUUUAUACAUGAGAUUUUACAUCAGGUAAUCAGCAUAAUAUAAUAUAGGAAUUGGGACACAACCGAGCACUGUAGUGUUACUGAAUAAUAAAAGAGCUCUGUACACACACACACACGCACACACACACACACACACACACACACACACACACACAGUUGAUAAAUCUAGGAAGGGAGGGAGAUGGGGAAAGUGUGCAGGGGGAAUACCGCAUAACACCCUCCCUACACACACACACACCACCACCACCACAAAACCCCCACCACCCGCUUCUAAAAGCACCUAUUCUGUGCACGCGAGCACUCCCCAUCCCUCUAGCCCUAUCUUCCGACACGCACACACACACACACACACCGCGCAGUGAGAGUGGUGCUGACCGAGAAGCGCAGUCGUUAAAUACAGCCUGUCUCACAGUUUCUCAUCAAUUCGAUCCGGCGCUCAGUGAAUUGAAGCAUCCCUGUGCCAAGUUCCUCACAGUUUUCCUUUUACUUUUAUUCCAACAUGAUAAGAGGCACUGGAAUAUUCUCCCACGCUUCGCACUAGAAAAGUUUUGUCAGACAACAUAUCACGGCCAUAACACUGCACUGUAAACUAGCUUGAAAACAAAUUGGGCGUUUUGGAAAUUCUGCAUCUUCAAGAUGGCUCUGAACACAGACACCAACGCACCAACUGCUGCUCUAAGUGUAGGGCAGGAAGAAGAGCAGCAACAAAAUGAACAACUGACCAAUCAACAACCAGAUGACUGGUCUGACCAGACCCCCAUAUCCUCUCAGCCAGUGAAGACUGAGCAUCAAGAUCCACCCACUGACUCAGAGUCCACUCCUGCUCCAGAAAGCUCAGUCCAGUUGAAUGGCCUGUCCAAAGACCACCUGCCAGUCAUCGAUGAAAAGAUGGAAACAAGUAAUGGAGUCUGCUCUAAUGCUGUCGAGGCUUCUCCUCCUACCUUAUCCCGUUCUUCUCCCCCUCGUCAUCAUCAUGCUAAGUCUGGCCAUGUUCAUGCUAAUGGCCAUGCCCGCCUCGGCAGUCGCUCAGGUUCAAUGAGCCAUGCUGGGUCACCUCGGCCCUCGCUCAGCCGCCAGCCCAGUGCUGCCACAGAGAGUGGAGGAGAUGGCACCAAGCCCAACGAUUACCUUAUAAUGGCCAUUCUUGCCUGCUUCUGCCCUCUCUGGCCUAUCAACAUCGUCGGCUUGACCUUCUCUGUUAUGUCUCGGUACAGUCUGCAACAAGGAAACGUUGAUGGAGCGCGGCGUCUUGGCCGCAACGCAAAGGUCCUCUCAAUCGUCUCUAUUGUGGGCGGAGUUAUCAUCAUUGCUGCCACCAUUGUCAUCAACUGGGGACUGAUAUUAAAGUCCUGAGGGUAGUCAUGACAAUCAAACCCAGGAGGAAUUUCUGACCAACCAACUGAUCCAUGAUGACCAUCGUUCUCCUCUCACCCUGCAUUUCCAAAUAUUACUGAAGCACCU